AUGUCAGACGAAUCUUCUUCUCACAGCUACCCUCAUAGAAAGCAUUCAAAGGGUUUGGGACAUGGUCCCCCAAGUCGAGAUUUGCAAAUUGAAUCAAAUCUAAUCACUGCUAUAAUUGCUGGAGUUGGUGCUUCUAUUGGUCAAACAACACUUACCUAUCCAUUUGAGUCACUUAAAACAAUACAACAACUUCAUAAAUCAACUCCAACCUCUUUAGCAUGCGAAUACCCUUCCAAGAUCCAGUAUUAUUUUGCUGGUUUAGGUGCAUUAAAUCUUGGAAAUGCUUUAAAGGCAAGUUCUCGUUUUAUUGUUUUCAACUCAGCUAGUAAAUUUAUGGCUAACGAUAAUGGGAAAACGACUGCACCCAGAGUAGUCGUUGCUGGGAUGAUGACUGGAUUUAUUGAAAGUUUAUGGAUAAUUCCUUUUGAAAAUAUUAAGACAUUGAUGGUUGAAAAUGCAGUGGUUUUAAAUCAAAGGGAACAAGAUCAAUUAGCGAAUAAAGCUAAUAAAACCAAUAAAUCUAUCAAAUUUAAUAAAAUUGAAGCUGAAGUUAAGAAUUUAAAAAUAAAACAAGCAUCAAAAAAUUCAAAUCCAGCUUCUAAAAGUAAUCAAAUUAUUUUUAAUUCCAAAAAAUCUGAAAUAAAUAUAAAUGACAUACUUAAACUGAAUAAUUCAUACAACACGGCGAUUAAAAAAUGGAAUAAAAAUCCAUCUAGAUUGUUUUACACAGCUGUUCAAGAGUUAUAUCAAGUUAAAGGUCUUAGGGGUUUCACCAGAGCUUCAGGAAUAACAUUAUUGAGACAAUGUGCUAAUUCAGCAGUUCGUUUUGGAACAUAUCAUAUGUUACAACAGUUAAUUUUACCCAAUCCAAAUGAAAGCCUAUCUAGCCAUGCAGCAUUUGCAAUUGGAGUUAUAUCAUCAGGUGCAGUUGUUGGAAUCACUCAACCCCUUGAUGUGAUUAAAACUAGGUUACAAAGUAAAAAUGGAGCUGGAAUAUUAUACCGAAACUCAUUAGAUUGCUGUUAUAAAAUAUUUACAGAAGAAGGGGCUAAAAAGUUUUGGAGUGGAUGGUUUCCAAGAUUUCUUAAGGUGAGUACGAGUGGAGGUAUUACUUUUAUUGUUUAUAAUUCUAUUGAAAACGAUUUAAAACUAUUAAUGAGAGAAAAACCAUUCCAAGCUGAAUGA